GGCCUCGCCGCCAUGUCGCGCUUCGCACGCACCAAGCGGCCCGCCGGGUCCCGGCUCCCCCGGGACCGGCUGAUGCCUGCGACGACGCUGGGCGCAGUUAGCCCGCCCCCCGCAGUCCCCUCCCCGAGGCCGCGCCCGCCCGCGCCCGCCGGCCCCGCCGCCUGGGGGAGCUGAGGCGACGCCCGCCCUCCGCCCGCCCCGAGGGCGGGGGCGCUCGGCCCGGCCCCUCGCCUGCGCCCGCGGCCCCGCCGCCGCCUCCGCUUUCUCCUCCUCCUCCGGGCCGCCCGCCCGGCUCCUCGCCCCGCCCCGGGUCUGCGGGAAGGGAAACCGAAAGUGCGCGGCGCCGGGCGGGGCCGCCGACCUGCCUGGGCCCGGGCCUCACACCCGCCGGCGCCGCCACCGUCACCGGAGUCCCGCAGCCGUUCCAGAUAACUGCAAGUAACGUGAACCUGAAUGAAUUCAAGUGACUUAAACAUGGAAGACAGAAGACCUCAUCUGGAGGCCAGGCCCAGGAAUCCCCAUACCAACCACAGAGGGCCUAUGGAUGGAGAAUUACCACCAAGAGCUAGAAAUCAGGCCAAUAACCCACCAGCCAAUGCUCUCAGAGGAGGAACCAACCAUCCUGGAAGGCAUCCUAGGGCCAACAAUCACGCUGUUCCUUACCGGCAAAGAGAAGAGAGAUUUAGGGCCAUGGGGAGGAACCCACAUCAGGGCAGGAGGAACCAGGAAGGCCAUACCAGUGAUGAAGCUAGAGGCCAAAGACAUGGUCAGGAGAAUGAUGCCAGGCGGAGAAAUGACAACCAAGAGGGUAGGAAUCGCAGACCACCAUGGUCCAAUGAAAAUUUCCAGCAGUGGCGAACCCCCCACCAGAAGCCUACAGAACAGCCACAGCAGGUAAAGAAACUGGGCUAUAAGUUCCUAGAAAGUCUUCUGCAAAAAGACCCCUCUGAGGUGGUCAUCACGCUUGCCACAAGUUUAGGGCUGAAGGAACUACUGUCUCACUCUUCCAUGAAAUCCAACUUCCUUGAGCUCAUCUGCCAGGUUCUUCGGAAGGCUUGCAGCUCCAAAAUGGACCGCCAGAGUAUUCUUCAUGUACUAGGCAUAUUGAAGAACUCCAAAUUCCUCAAAGUUUGCCUGCCUGCUUAUGUGGUAGGGAUGAUUACUGAACCCAUUCCUGACAUUCGAAACCAGUAUCCAGAACACAUAAGCAAUAUCAUCUCCCUCCUCCAGGAUCUCGUAAGCGUCUUCCCUGCCAGCUCUGUGCAGGAAACUUCCAUGCUCAUUUCUCUCCUGCCAGCUUCUCUUAAUGCUUUGAGAGCCUCUGGUGUUGACAUAGAAGAGGAGACAGAAAAGAACCUGGAAAAGGUGCAGACCAUUAUUGAACAUCUACAGGAAAAGAGGCGAGAGGGCACUUUGAGAAUGGAUACCUAUACUCUAGUGCAGCCUGAGGCAGAAGGCCAUGUAGAGAGCUACCGGACAAUGCCCAUCUACCCUACCUACAAUGAAGUGCACUUAGACGAGAGGCCUUUCCUUCGCCCCAACAUCAUUUCUGGAAAAUAUGAGAGCACUGCUGUCUAUCUGGAUACCCACUUCCGACUCCUAAGAGAAGAUUUUGUCAGACCCCUGCGGGAAGGCAUUUUGGAACUUCUCCAAAGCUUUGAAGACCAGUGUUUGAGGAAGAGGAAGUUCGAUGACAUCCGGAUUUACUUUGAUACGAGGAUUAUCACUCCUGUGUGUUCAUCAUCAGGCAUUGUCUAUAAGGUUCAAUUUGAUACAAAACCACUGAAGUUUGUUCGCUGGCAGAAUUCUAAGCGAUUGCUGUAUGGGUCCUUGGUAUGCAUGUCCAAGGACAACUUUGAGACAUUUCUUUUUGCCACUGUUUCUAACCGGGAGCAAGAAGAUCUCUGCCGAGGAAUUGUCCAACUCUGUUUCAAUGAGCAGAGCCAACAGCUGCUAGCAGAAGUUCAGCCCUCUGACUCUUUCCUCAUGGUGGAGACAACAGCUUACUUUGAGGCUUACAGGCAUGUUCUGGAAGGACUCCAAGAGGUCCAGGAAGAAGACGUCCCCUUCCAGAGGAAUAUUGUGGAAUGUGACUCUCAUGUGAAGGAGCCCAGGUACUUGCUAAUGGGGGGCAGAUAUGAUUUCACCCCCCUAAUAGAGAAUCCUUCAACCACAGGGGAAUCUCUAAGGACUGUUGAGGGUCUGAGACGUCCUAGAGUCAAUGUCUUAGACCUUAGCCAGUGGCCCUCAAAAGAAGCCCUGAAGCUGGAUGACUCCCAGAUGGAAGCCUUGCAGUUCGCUCUCACAAGGGAACUGGCUAUUAUUCAAGGACCUCCUGGAACAGGCAAAACCUAUGUGGGUCUAAAAAUUGUUCAAGCCCUCCUAACCAAUGAGUCCGUUUGGCAAAUUAGUCUCCAAAAGUUCCCCAUCUUGGUUGUAUGUUAUACUAAUCAUGCUUUGGACCAGUUUCUGGAAGGCAUCUACAAGUGUCAAAAGACCAGCAUCGUGCGGGUGGGUGGAAGGAGCAACAGUGAAAUCCUGAAGCAGUUCACCCUGAGGGAACUGAGGAACAAGCGGGAAUUCCGCCGCAACCUCCCCAUGCACCUCCGAAGAGCCUACAUGAGUAUCAUGACCGAGAUGAAGGAAUCAGAGCAAGAGCUCCACGAAGGUGCCCAGACCCUAGAGUGCACCAUGCGUGGUGUCCUCCGGGAACAGCACUUGGAGAAGUAUAUCUCCCCCCGGCACUGGGAAAGCCUGAUGAGUGGGCCAAUGCAGGACAGUGAGUGGAUCUAUUUCCAGCAUUGGAAGCACUCCAUGAUGCUUGAAUGGCUGGGUCUAGGUGUUGGUUCUUUCACUCAAAAUGUUGCCUCAGCUGGACCUGAAAACACAGCCCAGGCAGAAGGGGAAGAAGAGGAAGAAGGAGAAGAGGAGGGGUCGCUGAUUGAGAUCGCAGAGGAGGCUGACUUGAUUCAAGCAGACCGAGUGAUCGAGGAGGAAGAGGUAGUGAGGCCCCGGCGACGGAAGAAGGAAGAGAAUGGGGCAGACCAGGAGUUGGCUAAAAUGCUUUUGGCCAUGAGACUAGACCACUAUGGCUCUGGAACCACAGCUGGACAAGAGCAAGCUACAGGAGAGUGGAAGACCCAGCGUAACCAGAAGAAGAAAAUGAAGAAGAAAGUGAAGGUUGAACUUCGCAAACUGAACACCAUGACUGAGGCUGAGGCCAAUGAGAUCCAGGAUGUCUGGCAGCUGGACCUGAAUUCUCGCUGGCAGCUUUAUAGGCUGUGGCUACAGAUGUACCAAGCCGACACUCGCCGGAAGAUCCUUAGCUAUGAACGCCAGUACCGCACGUCAGCAGAGAGAAUGGCUGAGCUGAGACUCCAGGAAGACCUCCACAUCCUUAAAGAUGCCCAGGUUGUUGGCAUGACAACCACAGGUGCUGCGAAAUACCGCCAGAUUCUACAGAAGGUGGAGCCUCGCAUCGUCAUUGUGGAAGAGGCUGCUGAAGUCCUUGAGGCCCAUACCAUUGCUACAUUGAGCAAAGCUUGCCAGCACCUCAUCCUGAUUGGGGACCACCAGCAGCUGCGCCCCAGUGCCAACGUUUAUGAUCUGGCCAAGAACUUCAACCUUGAGGUGUCCCUUUUUGAACGGCUAGUGAAAGUAAACAUUCCCUUUGUUCGUCUGAAUUACCAGCACCGCAUGCGCCCUGAGAUUGCCCGCCUUUUGACCCCCCACAUCUAUCAGGAUCUGGAGAAUCAUCCCUCUGUUCUCAAGUAUGAGAAGAUUAAGGGGGUCUCUUCCAACCUUUUCUUUGUAGAACACAACUUUCCUGAACAGGAGAUCCAAGAAGGCAAAAGCCAUCAGAACCAGCAUGAGGCUCACUUUGUAGUAGAGCUGUGCAAGUACUUCCUGUGCCAGGAGUACCUGCCCUCCCAGAUCACCAUCCUUACCACCUACACCGGGCAGCUUUUCUGCCUGAGGAAGCUCAUGCCUGCCAAGACAUUUGCUGGCGUCAAGGUCCAUGUUGUGGACAAAUACCAAGGGGAAGAGAAUGACAUCAUCCUCCUCUCACUAGUGCGAAGCAACCAGGAGGGCAAGGUGGGUUUCCUCCAGAUAUCCAACCGCAUCUGCGUGGCCUUGUCCAGAGCCAAGAAAGGGAUGUACUGCAUUGGGAACAUGCAGAUGCUAGCCAAGGUGCCCUUGUGGAGCAAGAUCAUUCAUACCCUUCGAGAGAACAAUCAGAUAGGCCAAACGCUCCGACUGUGCUGUCAGAACCACCCUGAUACCCACACCUUAGUAUCCAAAGCUUCUGACUUUCAAAAAGUACCCGAGGGAGGCUGCAGCCUGCCCUGUGAGUUCCGUCUAGGCUGUGGGCAUGUCUGCACCCGUGCCUGCCACCCCUAUGAUUCCUUGCAUAAGGAGUUCCAGUGCAUGAAGCCAUGCCAAAAGGUCAUCUGCCAAGAUGGGCACCGGUGCCCCCUUGUUUGUUUCCAGGAGUGUCAGCCUUGUCAGGUGAAGGUACCCAAAACCAUUCCUCAGUGUGGCCAUGAACAGAUGGUCCCUUGUUCAAUGCCUGAGUCAGAUUUCUGCUGCCAGGAGCCCUGCCCUAAGGUCCUGAGAUGUGGCCACCGAUGUAGCCACCCGUGUGGUGAGCUCUGUGUGCAGCUGUGUUCAGAAAUGGUCACUGUGAAACUCAAAUGUGGGCACAGCCAACAGGUGAAAUGUGGUCAUGUGGAAGACCUCAAGUACGACAUGCCAGUCAAGUGUACCACCAAGUGUGAUACCACCCUGGACUGCGGGCACCCUUGCCCUGGCUCCUGCCACAGCUGUUUUGAAGGGCGCUUCCAUGAGCGUUGUCAGCAGCCCUGCAAGCGCCUGCUUAUCUGCUCACACAAGUGCCAGGAGCCCUGCAUUGGCGAGUGCCCGCCCUGUCAGCGGACGUGUCAGAACCGUUGUGUCCAUAGCCAGUGCAAGAAGAAGUGUGGUGAGCUGUGCAGCCCCUGCGUGGAGCCCUGUGUCUGGCACUGCCAGCACUACCAGUGCACCAAACUCUGCUCUGAGCCCUGCAACCGACCCCCGUGCUAUGUGCCUUGUACUAAGUUACUGGCUUGUGGCCACCCUUGCAUUGGUCUGUGUGGAGAGCCAUGCCCCAAGAAGUGCCGUGUCUGCCACAUGGAUGAGGUCACACAAAUCUUCUUUGGCUCCGAGGAUGAGCCCGAUGCCCGCUUUGUGCAGCUAGAAGACUGCAGCCACAUCUUUGAGGUACAAGCCCUGGACCGCUACAUGAACGAGCAGAAGGAUGAAGAAGUUGCCAUCAAGUUGAAGGUCUGCCCCAUCUGCCAGGUGCCCAUCCGCAAAAACCUGAGGUACGGAACCAGCAUCAAACAGCGACUAGAGGAAAUCGAAGUCAUCAAGGAAAAGAUCCAGGGCUCAGCAGGGGAAAUUGCAACCAGCCAGGACCGACUGAGGGCCCUGCUGGAGAGCAAAAGCCUCCUCCACCAGCUGCUCCCUGAAGAUUUCCUGAUGCUGAUGGAGAUGUUGGCCCAGAAAAAUCUGUCAGUCAGGGACCUGGGGCUUGUUGAGAAUUACAUCAACUUCUAUGACCACUUGGCCAACCUAUGGGAUUCUCUGAAAAAGAUAAAUGUCUUAGAACAGAGUAAAGUGAGGACUCGACUCGACCAAGUCCAUGGGUGGCUGGCCAAGAAGCGCUUGAGCUUUACCAGCCAGGAACUGAGUGACCUUCAGAGUGAAAUCCAGAGGCUCACAUACCUGGUAAACCUCCUGACCCGCUGCAAGAUGGCAGAAGGGAAGGUGAAAGGGAGCGUAGCACAAGAGGUCUACAGUAUCCGGAACAUCCUUGAGAAAACCUGUAAGUUCACCCAGGAGGAGGAGCAGCUUGUGCAGAAAAAAAUGGAUGCUCUAAAAGCCAUCCUUCCCUGCUCUGGCCUGGGCAUCUCAGAGGAAGAACGAGUGCAGAUUGUUAGCGCCAUGGGUUUCCCUCGUGGUCACUGGUUCAAGUGCCCCAAUGGCCACAUUUAUGUGAUUAGUGAAUGUGGAGGAGCCAUGGAGAGGGCCACUUGUCCUGACUGCCAGGAGGUGAUUGGUGGUGAAAGUCACACUCUGGAAAGGAGCAACCAGCUUGCCUCUGAGAUGGACGGAGCUCAGCACCCUGCCUGGUCUGACACGGCCAACAACCUGAUGAACUUUGAGGAGAUCCGGAGGAUGAUAUAGGAAGAUAGCGCACUGCUGCCUUUUGUCCCAGCCACCAUUUGGCUGGGGCUGGCUCCCUUAACGGAGGAACUGAAGUUUUUUUUUAUUACUGUCCUUUAGUCUUAGCACCUACCUAAGGAUCCACUUUUAGGGCUCGCCCACAUUUGAUUCUAGAUUUACCCCUGCGCUAGAGUAAGCACUUUACCUCCAGAACUGAGAGCAGAGUUAACAGAGCUCGCCUUUCUUUCCUGAAAGUAUGGGACAGACUCUCCAGAGCACGUCUGGGGCUUCCACGUAGGGCUGCCUAGUGGAAACUCUGGGUCUCGAUGUUUCUUCUGUGGUGUUCCCAGGGCACAAGUGUGAGCUCCGUGAAGCUGACUGAAGCUAAUUGCCAGAUCCUAACCUACAGACUAAAUUUCAUGGUAAUAAGUGGCCCAGAGGAGUUUGGACUGCUUAUCCCUUCAAGGAGCACAAGAAACCCCACUUCCCACCUCCUUGGGCACCCCUCUCCAGAAGCUGGAGGCGUGCAAUGGACAAAGAUUUUUUAGCUCACCCUGACCCAGUUACAUAUUCACUGAGUGGGGAAAGUGCACUACCAUUGGGAGGGUGUGUGCAGCAGGCCCAGACUGGCUGGGAGUGACCCCUGUGCCCUUUCCUGUAACUUACACCUGGACAGUGGUUUCAUUACCUACCAUCCAAGGUUCAGUACCAGUGCUGGUUUCCCUGGCCCGAAUGGAGCUAAACUCACAUUCAGUACCAGGAUCACCUCUCCCAAGUAUAAGCCUUCAUCCCAGCACUCGCAGCUUUUACCUGGGCAGGGUUGUUAGCAUGCCAGCAGCUUCUGCAGGCCCCAGCCCAGGCCAGAAGCCAGCCCCAGGCCAGCCGCCUGUGUCUGCAUUCCCUCUGUCCAGUGUUCCUUAGAACAGACACUUAGGUAUCUCAGGUCCUUUCUAAUGUUGGCAAGAAAAAAGUCCCUUUCCUAUGUUUGCAUUUUCUUUUCUGUCUUUACUAUGCACUUUAGCCUAUAAAGCCAAUUAAUAAAAACAAUGACGGAGAAUCUGGUCUAUGUCUGUCCU